CCCUCCAAAUGAACCGCCACGUACAUCUCCUGCUCAUCUUAUUAAACCCUAAAAAAGAACCAAACUUGAAACAAAUUUCCACAGCCCAAACUAAUCAUCAUCAUGGCUCAAGAAAAGUUCAAGUUUGCCUCUCCUGCAAUGGACCAUGAAGGACGCAUGCCGAGGAAGUACACCGGCGACGGACAAGGGGCCAAGAAGGACAUCUCACCGCCAUUAGAAUGGUAUAAUGUCCCAGAUGGAACGAAGUCAUUGGCACUCAUAGUUCAAGACCUUGAUGCUCCAGAGGACCCAUCAGGGCCUAUUGUCCCAUGGACUCAUUGGGUCAUUGUUAACAUCCCUCCUUCUCUCAAAGGCCUCCCUGAAGGGUUCUCCGGCAAGGAGGAGGACAUGGGUGGCGAGUUCUCAGGCAUUAAAGAAGGUCACAAUGAUUACAAGGUCCCUGGCUGGCGUGGUCCUAUGCCACCUACUUCCGGCCAUAGGAUUGAGUUCAAGCUCUAUGCUCUUGAUGACAUGCUUCAUCUUGGAAACAAGGUGACAAAGGAUAAGGUUGAGGAAGCUGUCCAAGGGCAUGUUUUGGGAGAAGCUGAGUUGGUAGUGAUCUUCUGAGAAGAUAUGUUGUUGUUGUUGUUGUAAUCAGUGAGGUGGAAUAAUGAAGUAAAGAGAUGUCAUGUAGUCACCCAG